AUGACUUCAAGUGACCACGUCAAGAAUAUUGCAGUCGUCGGAGCAAGCGGCUUAGUUGGUGGUGCCAUACUGAAGAGCCUACUCGAAUCAGGCAAUUUCGAUGUAACAGCCAUUUCGCGUCAAGACUCCAGCGCCGCCUUCCCUUCCAACGUCACAGUGAAGAAGGGCGACUACAAGUCCCCCGAGUUCCUUGAAUCCGCCCUGCAAGAUCAGGACGUGCUCAUUCUCACCUUCGCCGUGACGACGCCUCCAGAAGUUCAAUCCGACUUCAUCAAGGCGGCCGCCAAAGCUGGCGUUCCGUGGAUCUUGCCCAAUGAAUAUGGACAGGACGGGGCUAACCCCGAGCUCGCAAAAGUGGUGGGCCUCCUGGGCAUGAAAGAGAGAUACCGCAAUGAGAUUGAAGCACUGGGUGUGAGCAGCUGGAUUGGUAUUGCGAACAAUCUUUGGUUUGACUUUAGCCUGAAAGGCGGAUUCUACGGCAUUGACAUCGCAGCACGCAAAGCGGAAAUCUACGACGAUGGCAGCACCUCCAUCGUCGCCACCACCGUUCCUCAAGUCGGUCGCGCUAUCGCUCGACUGCUAAGUUUGCCCGUGGAGUCCUCUUCUCCCUGUCUUUCGGACUACAAAAACAAGUUUGUAUACAUCACCUCUUUCUCCGUCACCCAAAAUGAUAUGCUGGCCGCUGCGCAGCACGCCACUGGUACAACAUCGGCCGACUGGACGGUCACGCAUAAGCCCGUCGAUCGAUGGAUGCAGGAAGGGCGGGAGAUGUUUGCCAAGGGGGAGCGAAGGGGUAUGAUCAAUGUGCUGUAUGGGGCCACGUUCAAAAAGGGCCUUGGAGAUCAGUUCCACGGUCGGGAAGUGGCGAACGAAAAAUUGGGAUUGAAAGAGGAGGACCUGGAUGAAGUCAUGCAGAGGAUCGUGAAGGAAGUAGAGGCGAAGUAA